GGAGGGGGAGAAAAGGAAAGUGCUUGGAAAACAGUGUUGUGUUUUCUUGCAGAGGAGGGACGUCACAGCCCGACCACAGACAGCAGAAGUACGAACAGGAUCAUACCAAGACGGAGAGAGAAGUUCAGUCGGACAAAUCAAAACAUACGACCUCCCUGCAGAAAAAAGCAAAGUUGGCUUCCUGAGGCGACUCAUUAGCGAGUGAUUAAAUAAUCAGAAUAUUAUGUAUGCAUCGUGACGAGUCGCUGCUGCCUGCCAUUAAGGGUCCGGGCUGAAAACAAGGGACUGUUUAUGGUUUUCCGUUCUUCCCCCUCUUUCUCUCCCAACAAAUCGGCGGAGGUUUUGCGCACAACCGGGAGGUGCCGCUGACUGUCGGCAGGAGGGAAUGAAAGUUUGCCAGGCGGGCGGAAUUUUAUUCGACGUAAACACUUCUUGUUUUUGACACCGGGGCCGUGUAUUUCAUUUAAAUACACGCUGUGAGACUUUUAAUAACUGUGGACAUUAACUCAGCCGACCGGGGACAUCGAAAUCCAGGCAGAAAUCCCGUUUAAGGCGUGUGCGUGGGUUGCGCCGUAACAUGACGGCUGUGGCAGAUUGACGAGGAUAUCGCCGCUGUUUAGGAUCGUGAAGUUUUGCCUGUGUAUUUACAUAUUUUCGCGAUUUCUUGCAUAUCUACCCCUCGUGUAUAGACUAAUCUUACUGUUUGACUGAGGUAGGGUCGGCUUAACUUACGCAGUGCUGCCAAAAUGAGUGUAGAGACGGAGCGCAGUGUGGCACAUCUGAUCCGAGCUCUUGUAAAUGUUGCCAUGCAAUCUUUAGGAUUAUAGGCUCAACAUCAGCCUUUAUCAUCGAUAACCGCAGAAUCUCGCCUGAAGAAUCGGAUCACUUUGGCCUUUAAAGAACCAUUUGUUCUCCGGUAAAGAAGAAACAAACAUUUUAUGGUCCGAAAUCCUGCAACUGUUGUCGGUUGAGCUGGUCGCGGCCAAAUGUUUCAGCGGGGACCUCGCAAGUUUUUCUGAACUGUCCCUUGAAAUAAACAUUGUGAUUAAAAAAAAAAUAAUAGCUGCAGUCUUCGAGGGCGUCUUUUUAAUAGUCUUCUGAAAUCGUUGUGAAAAUGUCAGAAAACGCACCUACGCGGAGUCUGGAUGACAUCGACCUGGCCACCCUGCGGGACCCAGCAGGGAUCUUCGAGUUGGUGGAGGUCGUGGGCAACGGCACCUAUGGACAAGUUUACAAGGGUCGUCAUGUUAAGACGGGUCAGCUGGCGGCCAUAAAAGUUAUGGAUGUGACUGAGGAAGAAGAGGAGGAGAUUAAAGCGGAGAUUAACAUGCUGAAGAAGUACAGUCACCAUAGAAAUAUCGCCACCUACUAUGGAGCCUUUGUGAAGAAGAGUCCACCUGGACACGAUGACCAGCUCUGGUUGGUGAUGGAGUUUUGUGGUGCCGGCUCAGUAACGGACUUAGUGAAGAACACAAAAGGCAACUCUCUAAAAGAAGACUGGAUCGCCUAUAUCUGCAGAGAGAUCCUUAGGGGUCUGUCUCACCUCCAUGCUCAUAAAGUCAUCCACAGAGACAUCAAGGGACAGAAUGUGCUGCUUACAGAGAAUGCAGAGGUUAAACUGGUGGAUUUUGGGGUGAGCGCACAGUUGGAUCGUACUGUCGGCAGAAGAAACACUUUCAUCGGCACUCCAUACUGGAUGGCCCCAGAAGUCAUUGCCUGUGAUGAAAAUCCCGACUCCACCUAUGAUUACAGGAGUGAUAUCUGGUCUCUGGGAAUCACAGCUAUAGAAAUGGCUGAAGGAGCACCUCCGUUGUGUGACAUGCAUCCCAUGCGAGCUUUGUUCCUUAUCCCACGGAACCCUCCUCCCAAACUGAAGUCCAAGAAAUGGUCCAAGAAGUUCAUUGACUUCAUCGAGGGCUGUCUGGUAAAGUCAUAUCCGAAUCGUCCAUCCACUGAGCAGCUCCUGAAACACUCAUUCAUCAGAGACCAGCCCACUGAAAGACAAGUCCGCAUCCAGCUCAAAGAUCACAUCGACAGAACACGCAAGAAACGUGGUGAAAAAGAGGAGACAGAGUAUGAAUACAGCGGCAGUGAUGAAGAGGACGAGAACAGAGGAGAUGAGAGAGAAUCCAGCUCUAUUUUGAAUGUUCCUGGUGAGUCGACGUUGAGGAGGGAUUUCCUGCGGCUGCAGCAAGAAAAUAAAGAGCGUUCAGAGGCCUUAAAGAGACAGCAGGCGCAGCUCGCCGCUCAGCGCAGAGACCCCGAGGAGCACAAACGCCAGCUGCUGCACGACCGGCAGAAACGCAUAGAGGAGCAGAAAGAGCAGAGGCGACGCUUAGAGGAGCAACAGAGGAAGGAGAGAGAGAUGGUGCGGCAGCAACAGGAUAAAGCUCCUCACCGGAGACUCGAUGACAUGAGACGAGAGGAGGACAGGAGGUUGGCAGAGAGAGAGCAGGAGUUUAUAAGACAUAAGUUGGAGGAAGAGCAGCGGCAGUUAGAGAUACUGCAGCAGCAAUUACUGCAGGAGCAGGCAUUGCUAAUGGAGUAUAAGCGUAAACAGCUGGAGGAGCAGAGACAGUCGGAGAGGCUUCAGAGGCAGUUACAGCAGGAACACGCCUAUCUGGUCUCUCUACAGCAACAGCAGCAGCAGCAAGACAAGAAACCGCAGAUGUAUCACUAUAGCAAGAACCUAGAGAACAACAAACCAGCCUGGGCUAGAGAGGUUGAGGAGCGCAGUAAGCUGAACAGACAGGGCUCUCCCAAAAUCUGCACCACGGUCUCUGACACUAAUAUUCAAUCCCGCUCCGAGUCAAUCAACCAAUCAGGAGCUGCACAGACGCCACCCAUGCAGAGACCUGUGGAGCCGCAGGGUGGACAGGGAAAGUUCCAGAUGGCCCAUCUAGUGCCGUUAAAACCAUACGCCGCUCCAGUCCCUCGCUCUCAGUCUCUUUGUGAUCAGCCCACUAAGACCAUGUCCGCCUUCCCCACCCAGGACCCCUCACCCACACCCACACCUCGUCCUCUACACUCCAGAGAACUAGUCCGUCAAAACUCGGACCCCACCUCGGAGACUCCUGCCCCUCAGUCCCGGCCAAUGAGAGACGACCGGGGACCCUGGAUCCGUCUUCCUGAGAUUGAACAACCUCCUAAAAUUCCUCAGAGAACAGCCUCUAUAGCCACUGCACUGAACACAAAUCUCUCCUCUGGUAUCAGACACCCAGUCCGAGCAAGUAAUCCAGAUCUGAGUCGCAAUGAGCGCUGGGAGAGAGGAGACAGCAUGAGCAUCAUGUCCAACCUGCCACAGACCGGCUCUCUGGAGAGACACCGCAUACUCAGCUCAUCUAAGAUGGAUUCCUCUCCAACUCUCUCUCAUGAUGGUCGACACAAACCAGGAGAAUCCCGAACCUCAUCCAGACCCAGCAGACCAGCGAGCUAUAAGAGAGCAAUAGGAGAGGAUCACGGUCUGUACUCUAAGGAGCGAGCAGAGGAGCAGCCACGGCCCCCGGUGAAGGCCAACGACUACUCCUCUUCCUCAGAGAGCAGUGAAAGCAGCGAGGAGAGCGAAAGUGGAGAAGGAGCAGAGGAAGAAAGCCCUACUGACCGCCCCCGUGAUGCAGAUUCUGACUCUGUGAACACUAUGGUUGUCCAUGAAGAGGAGGAAGGUGAAGGAGGAGAAGAAGAACGUGCUGGAGGAUAUGGAGACCAAACCAUGCUUGUGCAGAGGACUCCAGAGAAGCGCAGUCAUAAUGGAUACACCAACCUGCCUGAUGUGGUUCAGCCUUCUCACUCUCCCACAGACUCAGCCUCCCACUCCUCCCCCGGGAAAGACUCUACUUAUGAUUAUCAGUCCAGGGGAUUGGUCAAGGCCUCUGGAAAGUCCUCUUUUACUACCUUUGUGGACCUUGGAAUGUACCAGCCAUCAGGGGGCAGCGGAGAUAACAUUUCUGUUGGAGGUCUGGGCUCUCGUUUUGAGCAGCUGAAACUGGAGGUGAGGAAGGGCUCCAUGGUCAAUGUCAAUCCCACUAACACUCGUCCGGUCAGUGACACUCCUGAAAUCCGCAAAUACAAGAAGAGAUUUAACUCCGAGAUCCUCUGCGCUGCUCUCUGGGGUGUGAAUCUGCUGGUCGGGACAGAGAAUGGUCUGAAGCUCCUGGACAGAAGUGGUCAGGGUAAAGUUUAUCCACUGAUCAACUCACGCAGGUUUCAGCAGAUGGACGUCCUGGAGGGACUGAACCUCCUCAUCACUAUAUCAGGCAAGAAAAAUAAGGUACGCGUGUAUUAUCUGGCCUGGCUGAGGAAUAAAAUCCUUCAUAAUGACCCAGAGGUGGAGAAGAAACAGGGCUGGACCACUGUAGGGGAAAUGGAGGGCUGUGUGCACUAUAAAGUGGUGAAAUAUGAAAGGAUUAAGUUUCUGGUUAUCGCUCUGAAGAAUGCAGUGGAGGUUUAUGCUUGGGCUCCAAAACCUUACCACAAGUUCAUGGCCUUCAAGUCAUUUGGGGACCUGCCACACAGACCUGUGUUGGUUGACCUCACAGUGGAAGAGGGUCAGAGGUUAAAGGUCAUCUACGGUUCCUUGGCUGGCUUCCAUGCCAUCGAUGUUGACUCUGGAAACAACUACGACAUCUACAUUCCUGUACAUAUCCAGUCACAGAUCACUCCUCACGCCAUCGUGUUCCUACCCAACUCAGAUGGGAUGGAGAUGCUGUUGUGUUAUGAGGACGAAGGUGUUUAUGUCAACACGUACGGACGCAUCAUUAAAGAUGUGGUGCUGCAGUGGGGAGAAAUGCCCACAUCAGUAGCCCACAUUUGCUCUAAUCAGAUUAUGGGUUGGGGAGAGAAAGCCAUUGAGAUCCGUUCUGUCGAGACGGGACACCUGGAUGGAGUCUUCAUGCACAAGAGAGCCCAGAGGCUUAAGUUCCUGUGUGAAAGGAAUGACAAGGUGUUUUUCGCAUCAGUGCGUUCCGGUGGCAGCAGUCAAGUUUACUUCAUGACCCUCAACAGAAACUGCAUUAUGAACUGGUGAAAGAACACGGGAUCUGCUGUGUGCACACAUUCAAACACUGAAAAGAUAGAGUCCUCGCACACUAAAACACCCUCAAACACUCUGUAAAUACACACACUCACACUCUCUCACACACACACACACACUCUCCUGCACAAACCUACAGACACAUCUUCCUGAAGACACUCCUCCACCAUUCUCCUGUGAUCUCUGAGCCAACUGAGUCCUGCUGACCUCAGUUCAUCCAGUUCCACACGGUUAGCUUUCAGUUCACCGGGGCCAACGAUCCUGCUUUUAGGACUAGACAAAAGGCUAACUGUACAUACGUUGUACUAGAGAUACGUGUAAACUACGAGAAUCGUUUGUGACGCAGCAGAAAUGUGCGCAUGUGUUUCAAGAGACUUUAUAAGCUACUUUGAGCAGCAGAAACAACUUGAACCUUCAGUGGUGUGAGGUGGUACUGCCACAUCUGUAAUUUUACCAUUUGACCACUGUAUAGUGUAGUAGUCGUUUGUUCUUGGUUGCGUUCAGAGUUUCAGAUUCCAGUGAUUAUAAUGUUUUCUUUCAGCAAGUAGAAGUUUAGAGGAAUCUUGAGUUUUAACAUAUUCCAAGACGGCUUCUCUUCCGAACGAGGGAAGGUUUUCGCUUUCUUGAUGUAUAAACGAUAGUCUUUCACCAAACUGUUUGUCUGAUGAAGACAUCGGUGGCCGCUUACGGAGUAGAAUCCAGCGCUUUUCCACUAGUAGUUUGCUGGUGAAAACAAGCCACCCACGAUGGAGCAGCAGUCUCUGGUUUCGCUUUUCAAAGCACUUUUUUUUGUUUUCUUUGGAUGUGGGAAGUAUCAUCAUAUCUACUACAGUUUGAUAUUCUCCGUAUGUAAACGUAUUUGGUAUUACUCCUACUUUUAUUAUCUGCUGUUCUAUAGCUGUUCUAUUGCAAUACGUGCUGUGUGCUCGUUCUUGUUCAAAGUUUUACAGGGGGGUUUUCUCUUGAUUUUAGAAAGGAAGAUGCAGUUGAAGUUGAAGGUGCUUUUUGGCAGCAUAAACGUGUAGUUCGGACGUCACCGUGUAAAUUGUACAUAGCAGCCAUGAUCGUGUUUAGAUAACAUUUGUAGGCACAUGAUGAUGAUUAUUAUUAUUAUUAUUAUUAUUAUUAUUAUUAUUAUUAUUAUUAUUAUUAUUGUUUCUAGGAAUUCAAUCACUACACAACUGCGUUAAACACUAGAGAGUGAUUUCAUAACCGAGUCAUGUGUUUGUGCUGUCAAAAUUGCUUUUGGGAAUUGUAGUUGUUUUAGGCAGAUUUGUAGUUCAACAUGGAACGUGUGCAUUUGACCAGAACUUCUUCAUAUUUGGACCUCCCCCCACCAUUUUAUAGCAGCAAAACAUCAUGUUGUAGAUGAAGACUCGGUGGAUUGGAACAUAAAUGUUCUUUUGUUUAUCUAACAGUGUGUGAGAGAGUUAUAUAUGUGUGCGAGUGAGUUUAAAUGGGAAAUAUUAAGCGGUAACGUACAGUAGGAUCAGUAUAAAGCAAUAGUUUAAAGAAUUCGUGACGGGUUUGUGCCUGGUGUUAUUGUCUCCAGCUCUGCAAUACUAGACCAGAGAUUAUUCUCUAGCUUUUCACUCAUUCCCAUGCAGAUGAUCUACAUUUUUCAACAGUAUUUACCCAAAAACAGAUUCUCUAUUUAAAAAACAAGAUAGUAUAACACUUAAAGAAAUGCUGCCUUUACAAAUAAGCUUGUGCACAGUAAUCACUGAAAUAUUUGACGCACUUUUGUCCUUCCUGAAUAUUUUUCUAGCUUCUAGUCGUACAGUAGCUUGUGGCCGUACAAUCAUAAUCAGUUACCUAACAGCCCCUUUCCUCAAUACCGUCGCACAGUCUAGACGAGCGAUGACACAUUCAGUCAGUCAUCGUGAAAACACUUCAGACAAACAACAUUAUAAAUAGUCACAUUUCAGAGAGAGGUUUUUUUUUCGUUCAUCAACUGAGACCAAACUUGAACGCUACAGUGCCAUUCUAACAUAAUAGCUCUCUCUGAGACUUACUUUCGCCCCUCAUCCUAUAGAAUUUAAGCAUUUCUUGCUUAGUGAAUCAAACUGCCAUGUUUACUGAAUUAACAGUGCCUUGGAUUGGGGUUGAGUGUGUGUGCGCGUGUGUGUGUGUGUGAGAGAAGGAGCGUCGUGCAUGUGAUUAUUUCAAUAUGAAGUGAAGUUCAGGGAAGAGAAAAGUCCAGUGCGCAGCUCGAGCUCUCGUGCCAACAAAGUGCACUUAAACUGACAAGAGCCAGAGCACCAAGACAGGCUCCUCUCACUCUGUUUGAGCACAAAAGCCAUGCCAUAUAGAGUUCAUUCCUCUGGUUAAAGGCAGUGCGCUCCUCCUGCAGUGUUUAGCUACUUGUAAAACACCGUAUUAAAGUGCAAACGCCCAACAGUUACAAGAAAUAGCGCACGUUUUGGUGGCUGUAUUAUUUUGCCAAACGGAAAACCUCUGGUGUUGGGCUACUCACAUGCGUGUGAUCUCAUUUGGUGAACUGGAUUGAAUAGAGCUUAUGUUUUAUAGCAAAAUUGUGAUAUAGCAAAGAUUCAUAUUCGCUUUAUAAAUUAGAUAAAAGUUUAUAUUAGGAUUACAGUGGCCUGUCUGGAUGAAUGAAGGAAACAUAUAUGUGUAAAAUAUAUCUAAAAUCCCAGAAUUCUUCUUCUUUUUUGAGCUAAAUAGAUGUGAAUUUAUAUAAAGAGUUUAAUGAACAUAACCUGCUCUCUAGAAGCGAAGAAACGAAUGCAUUGAUUAUAUGUAAUAGCAUUUGUCUGGCUGAAGAAUCAUAAUAAUAAUAAUCGAGCACAAGCUUCUGUACAUACGAGUCGUCUCUCUCCCCUCUUUUUCUUCCAGCGAGUGUUAUAAAAGCGAGCGUGUGGGUGUGCGACUCCGCAUGUGUGAAUAGGAGAGCUAUUUUUGCUGUGCGUGCGUGUGUGUGCUGUUCAUUAUUCCCUCAGAGGAAAGAGAGAAGAGAUGGUCGAGGACCAGUAUGGUCAAACAUGCACACAUCAUCACAGAUGCAACUCCAGUCAUGUUUGCGAACGACCAAUUCAACAGUCAUUCUGUCAGCAACUGACCACAGUUCUGAUCUCUUACAAGAGACAUUUAAAGGAAGAGAUCAUCAAAAAAAUAACUUGAGUACGUUUCUUUUUUUUGUUGAACACAAAAGAAGAUAUUUUGAAGAAUGUGGACUUGCUAUUCUUACUUUUUUCUUUUGUGUUCAGCAGAAAGAAGAAACCUUAAAGGUUGAGUAAACAAUGAGUAAUUUUUGGGGUGAUCUGCCAUAUCAGGGGUCAUUUUGAGGGUGCACAUGGUGUUGACUUUAUUAUGGACGUUAUUGAAUGUAUUCUGAAGAGUUUUAGAAGGUUUAAGUGCACAUGUGAAGAUGAUAUUUUACACUUCAUCCCCCUCCGUGGCUGAUUUCAUCAUGAAAUGCCUGUUCUAUCCUCGCGUCUUUCUAAAACCAGUCAGUCUUUUAAAAGCUAGAGCAGUUUGCGUAUAGCGAUCAUGGAGGUCUGUUUGGUUUUUCCGUUUUAAGGCCUUUUACUGCUGUGUUUGAGGUAUUUAUCUACCCUACAUGCUAUUAGCAGCUAUGCUAACAAGUGGCAUUUCUCUCGUCGUUCUCUAGUAAUCCGAAGUUAAUCCCUUAGCUGAUUUUUGUAAGAUAUUUACUACUCCAAAGAAGAAGAGUUGAUGAUUUGUAGAUCUUUUGUGCUUUUGGUUCAUUCUCAUAGCGGCAGCAGCCAGGACAGGUUAAAGCUUGGGCUUUUUUUUGGAGGUCUUGAUAAAAGUUGAUCCUCUGUGAUGGGUUGAUUAUCAUUCUUUUCAUUUUACUUUAUAAACGUUUUUCUGUUUCAGAAGAAAGCGGUAGAUGUUUCAGACAUAUUUCUUAGCGUUUCUGUUUAGGAGAGGAAUGCUUCGGAUGAUUUUAAGUCUUAAAGAUUGAAUGCAUUCACAAGUCUGUAAUGUCUCGAUACAACAUUAUUUGAAAAUUAAAAAUAACUUGAUCUGUUAAA